CCGCCCGGUUCUGUGCUGGGAGGAGCGAUGAUGGCGGCCGGCGCGCGAGGUGGCGGGCGAGCGGGCAGCGGCCCCUGAGGCGCCGCCAUGUACUCAGCUGCCGCCGCCGCCGUCGCCUCGCCGCCGCGACGGGACUUCAUCUCCGUCACCCUCAGCCCGGAGGAGGCGGUGGGGGCCGGCGGCUACAAUAACAGCAAGGCCUGGAGGCGGCGCUCCUGCUGGCGGAAAUGGAAGCAGCUGUCUCGACUACAGCGGAGUGUAAUUCUCUUCCUGUUUGCCUUCUUGGCAGUCUGUGGAGUCAUUUCAUACACAAGCAUGGGGGAACCAUGGAAAAGUCUAACAAACAAGUCAUUGGAUGAUCAGAGAACAGAACCAGAAAUUCCUGGAUUAAAGUUGGCAAAUCCAGCUGUUCUGCCAGCACCCCAGAAAGCAGAUGCCAACCUUGGAGACUACCCAGAGCUUUCACCACAGAAGCCGCCAAAACCACCUCAUGUUCGGCGUGGUCCGUCCAAUCUUCAGAUCAAGCCACCAUGGAGGGAUGUGAGGCUGAAGACCCGACAUGAUGCCAGCAAGGCUGCAGAAGAGCCGGUCCAGGCUGAUAAAGAAGAGAAAACAGAGAAAUCCGUUAUCAGCUGGAGAGGAGCAGUGAUAGAACCUGACCAAAGCACUGAACCUCCGUCUAUUAAAAUAAAGGAACCAGAGAAACCUUCAUCUGUGGAAGCUGAAGACCAGAAGGAACCAGUGCCCAUAAAUGAACGUCAGAUGGCUGUGAUAGAAGCCUUCCGCCACGCAUGGAAAGGAUACAAAGAUUUUGCCUGGGGCCACGAUGAGCUGAAGCCUUUGUCAAAGUCUUACAGCGAAUGGUUUGGACUUGGGCUUACCUUAAUUGAUGCCUUGGAUACUAUGUGGAUUUUAGGCUUAAAAGAAGAGUUUGAAGAAGCAAGAAAAUGGGUAGCAAAUGAUUUAGUGUUUGAUAAGAAUGUGGAUGUGAACCUCUUUGAAAGCACUAUUCGUAUUCUGGGGGGCUUGCUGAGCACCUACCAUCUCACCGGAGAUAGCCUCUUCCUGGAAAAAGCUAAAGACAUUGGGAACAGGCUUAUGCCAGCAUUCAAGACCCCCUCCAAGAUACCAUAUUCAGAUGUCAACAUUGGCCGGGGCACUGCACAUCCACCUCGUUGGACGUCCGACAGCACUGUGGCAGAGGUGACUAGUAUUCAGCUGGAAUUUAGGGAGCUCUCUCGUCUCACUGGAGAUGAGAAAUUCCAGAAAGCUGUAGAAGAGGUGAUGAAGCAUGUUCACACCCUCUCAGGGAAAAAUGAUGGACUAGUGCCUAUGUUCAUAAACACCAAUAGCGGGCAGUUCACUCACUUGGGUGUCUAUACUCUGGGAGCCAGAGCUGACAGCUACUAUGAGUAUUUACUCAAGCAAUGGAUUCAGGGUGGGAAAAAAGAAAAUGAACUGUUGGAAGACUAUAUGAGAGCCAUAGAAGGAGUGAAAAAGCAUCUUCUUCAGCGAUCAGAACCCAAGAAGCUUACUUUUGUAGGAGAGCUUGCUCAUGGCCAUUUCAGUGCCAAGAUGGAUCACUUGGUUUGCUUUUUGCCUGGUACUUUGGCACUGGGAGCACACAAUGGAUUGACUGCUGAUCAUAUGAAAUUGGCUGAAGCCCUUAUAGAAACCUGUUACCAGAUGUAUGCUCAAGUAGAGACAGGCCUGAGUCCGGAGAUCGUGCACUUCAAUCUUCAUGCGCAAAAGGGCCACAAAGAUGUGGAAAUUAAGCCUGCAGACAGGCACAACUUACUGCGACCAGAAACUGUGGAAAGCCUUUUUUAUAUGUAUAGAUUCACUGGUGAUAAGAAAUAUCAAGACUGGGGCUGGGAAAUCUUGCAGAAUUUCAAUAAAUAUACACGGGUUCCUACAGGUGGUUAUACUUCCAUUAACAACGUCCAGAAUCCCAGUAAUCCAGAGCCACGUGAUAAGAUGGAGAGCUUCUUCCUUGGGGAAACACUCAAAUACAUGUUUCUGCUGUUUUCAGACGACAUAGACUUAAUCAACCUUGACAAAUAUGUAUUUAACACAGAAGCUCAUCCACUCCCUAUCUGGGUGUCAGCAUAGACUGGGUGUCAGUAGAUCUUCUAGUGGCAUUUUUAUCUUCAAGUCCCUAUACUUUUCAGGGUUUGAGGAGAGAUGCUAUAUUGCACCUUUUUUUUGGCUUAAACAAAUGAAACCUUUGGGGGAAGCAUCUCUGGUUUGGAGAACUCAUGUCAGUCUUAAAUCUAAUCCCUGGUUCUGGGACAGACAAGCUGUGCCAUACUGAGCUGGUUUUCCUGGUAUUGAUGAUGAGGUUCAGAGAACAGAGGUGUGGACCAUGACAUUCAUGGGGCUCUGGAGAACCAGAAUGCACUCACAUCAGUCUUACUAAAUGCUCAUUAAAUAUCAGGAAUGCAGCAAGUAGUCUUACAGCACAGGAUUGUUCCUGGAAAGAAGGAGUAAGCCUACAGGUUUCUGGUUUAUUCUGGAUUUGCUGAAACACACUGUUCCUUCGUAAGACUGUGUGGUGUUUCAGGUGUUCAGAGGAAUAAACAAAGAAGUGUAAUGUCCCAGGUAGAAGCAAAGCUGUCAGUAUUGCUCCUGAUACUCUGAUGUCAUUCCAAACUACCGAGCUAUGCUGCAUCACGUUAGAAGAAGGAAGUGGCAGCAAAGCAUCUGUUGUACAGUGUCUUAGUUUUAUAGAGCACUUUGAACAAUCUGUUGAAGCUGUAUCUGAAAUGAAUGAUGGAAAAGAAUUUGCUGCUGGUUUGGCUCAAAGUGGUAUAUAAUUUUGUAGAGGUAUUGCAGUUUUUUAACUUAUCUGCAGGAAUGCAGGAGAUAAUGUGAAACGCAAGUGAAACUACACAUACAUUUUAUAUAUUAUUUGCAUCAGUUAGACUCAGGUAUUCUGACUGAAAGCUGCUUUCUGAGGUUGGGCACUGGGAAAGCUUGUGAGCACAUUAGGUAUAAUUCUAAGUCAGCCUUCUUCCAUCCUUUCCUGUCCAGAUACUGCAUUGUAAGGUGGUUGUUGACUCAAAACAAGUGUACAAAUGUACAGCAAAGUUCACCUUCUUCAUAAUUUUUUGGACUGUGGAGAAAUUUUUUUUCCCCCCUUAGGAGUACUCUGGGUAGAAUUAUUUUCAUUGAUAGUAUUAAAAGCAAGCAAUCUAAACGUAUUGCAAGAAUUCCUGGUCCCAAAUAGAAUUAGUGAAAUCUGUUCAGUUGCUCAAAGACAAAGCAGACCCUUUUUUUUUUUUUUGGCAGGAAUCUUAUGGGAGCCCUGGGAUCUUUCAUUUUUAUAUGUGCAAAUAGAUUUUAAACCAUGAAUUUGGAAAUCUGCUUUCUAUAGUGCUUUUCCUUUUGGAAAAGCUACUUGUAGCUACUUGGACAGUCCUGUAUCCGCCAGUAAGUUCUCAGAAAUGUCCUUGUUCAUAUUUCUGAAAGAGGUUGUUCUCACCAAAAUGUUCUUUCCCCUCACAUUAAUGGGAGCAAUGGGAAGUACGCAGGCGUGUGGUAGUGACAGUGAGGUACAGUCCCCUCCAAAUCUAGGGCUGCGAAGUGGAACUAAUGAAAUCUGACUGUAAUGGUUAAUUUUUCAGUGGCUGAGGGGGUACAUGUAUUUUAUAGUAUUUGUAAAGGAAGAUGCAUCUUUAUUUGUUUUAUGCUGAUCAGUUCUGUUCGCUGGAGUCAGAAGCUGGGACCACUAUUUAAGUGUUUUAAAGAAUAUUUAUCAUUCCAUGUACAAUGAUGGCUUACGGAAACGGACAAAUUUUACAAACUAUUUAAAUGCACCUUUUUCUGUCAUCAAAGAGACCCUGGGAUUUGCAAGACAUGACAAAGUUUGUGCACAGUGUUCAUGUUCCUCCAGUUCACCUGCCACCAGUAACCCUGGAAAUUAGUUUCUCACUUACAUGUGCAGUGGAAUCCAGUAGCUGUAGCCUUUUGUCUGCACAACAGAUUUGCUCCUAAGACUUUUGUUUUCUUUGACAAAACAGUAAAGAAGGAAAAUGCUGUUGAAAUGUGGGAGGAAACACCUUCAUUGUUAAUGCUUGUGGAGUAGGUUUCUGUUUUUGAGGAGCUGAGCCUUGGCUAAAAGCUGAAGGCUUUAAAACUGGAGACAAAGAAAAAAAAAAGAUAACUUCAGUGAGACUAUUCAGGUCCAGCUGACUUGUGUUGCUUUGGCCUUGUGCCUUCAAUUGAAGCUGGGAUUGAACCUUUAGUUAAUGACUUUGCUAUGGAUUGUAAAACUUCUGCUGCUGUUUCACCUAGACGGCAGCCCUACUGAGGAAACAAAGACAUUUCUUAGAAAGUGGAACACAUAAAUGUUCACCAAAAGUCUUCUGUUGUUGAAGUCUUAUGCUAGUCUUAAUGUAAUUGACUCUACAAAUGGGACUGUGGGAGUCUGUAUUAUAAUUGUUUUGCCUUACGAUUGGCAAUAGUCCAUUUCAUAAUGAGUUAAAGGAAGGAGAGAAUAAUAAAUCAUCACUUUCCCAAACACACUUCUUGUCUUAGCUGAGCCUGUUGGUCCAACUGAUUUCUUUUCUACCUAAUUCUUCCUGGGAAAUGGAAUCUCUUUGCAAAGUGCGGCUUUACUGUCCUCAUCCUUUAAAUCUGAAGUUAAGAUUGUUCAGCUCUAUAUUUGAGAGCAAAUGUUUGUUUCAAACUCCUGUAUCACAUGUGAAAUGGCACAAACCAAAACGAUAAAAGCUUAUCAGCUUCUUCCUGUUCUUUUGCAAAGGUCUUUUUAACUGCUUACUUAUUGUUACUUCCUUAACAUAGUAUGUUUUGUCAUCAGAUUAGUCUCGGAGCUUCACAGCCCGUCACGAUUCCACUGUGUGCCCCCACAGCACAACAGAAGUUUUGCAAGUCUUUGAGAAGUUUUCUUUUGAGCACUCUGGGGUUCUUUGAGCCAAAGCCUUAACUGCAGGGUCUGUAAUCCAUUUUGGUAUUUCAGCUUACCGGUACACUUCUGAUGCUUGAGUCAAAUGUUGCAGAAAGGCCAUCUCUUCUGUCCUUUUGCACAAAGAGCUGUCCUGGUUUCUCUCCAAGAGCUUGAAUGCCUUGCCUAAUUAAAACAAAAAAGAAAAAAAACUCAUCCCCACCCAGCUAUACUGUUCGCUUAUGCUUUCACUGAGAAACAGAGAUGGGUAUGGGCACAGCCACGGAGUGCUGCACAGCUGUAGGACUUGGAAGUCUCACACGCUGGGCUUUAAGCCAUAGCUCAGAAAGAAACACUUGUUUGCUCGGAGAAAAUUCAGUAGGUGGAUGGGGCCACAGUUAGCAUCUCAUCUCGGAACUUUUUGAGAACUUAAGUCUGUCUCACUACAGGUCGUAGAAAUUGGCAGUUCUGCAAGGUCUGAGGCGUUGGCUGGCAGGAGCCGCUCUGCAUUUCACAUGGCUUUCUGGUCACAGGGUUUUCAACCUUCCAUGCCAAGCUCAGAUACAGCUGUAUUUACUUGUCCAAGUACUAGGCAAAGAAUCUGCUUUGUUUCUUAUACCAGUGUGACAGGGCAGUGAUGAGGGAUGCAGACAGCAUAGGUUUUUGUAACUAACGUGUUUGCAGUUGCGAAUUUCUCCUGCCCUUUUCCUGCAGCUGUGAACUCCUCGAAAGAACCCUACAGGCAGUUCAGCUCCCAGUUUCCAGUGUCACACUUGGUAUAUUUAACAAGACCAGUAAAAAUGACGUGCCAGGGUAGUUCCAUGAUGCUGUCUGGCAAGUUUGUUGCUUCAACAGAAGGGUUGAGGGUUUCCUGACUUUGGAUUGAGGAAGAGUGGCUUGGGGUUUUUUUGUCUCUGAAGUAUUGCUAGAACUUGCUGUCAAAGUCUGGAGGUCUCAGCUUCCACUAAAAUCCAACCCCAAGUUCUUCAGAAAUGGAUGACUUGGGCUUGCCAGGAGAACCUGCUGAUUUGCAUGAUCAGUUUUCAAGCUCUGACUUAAAGGCAUGUGACCAGAGAGACAUUUCUGACUGUUUUGUGCCAUGUUCGCAUCUUGAUCAUACUCCUUGUGCUGGUACGUGAUGAUAGACUAAACAAGCCUUUUCUCACCAGCCCUGCUGGUACAGAUCUCAAGCCAGCAUGGGGGCUCCACCCAUGGAUGGGGCCUUGGGUCACUUUGCUCACGCUCCAUUUUCCUUUUGUGUUCCCUGAAGUUCAGCCACAAGCGAGUUCCAGUGAUUGGCAAGAGCAGUGACUGCUGCUGCUGGGCUCUUCCCUUCGGCUUGGAGAGCACCGCACAGCCAGGGUUUUCCGCUUGGAUCCCGUUCUUCCACACCCAAGGCUUCAAAAGGUUUUGGACGUUUGUGGCAUUGGCUUCAGAAUUCUGCCACAGUUCCUGAAGCCUCUUUGUAAUUCUUUUCAGUGCUGCUCAUCUAUCUUCUGUGUGGAAGUCCAUGAAUGUUUUGUUUAUCUGUUUGCCAUGGUAUCUGAAAGCUUUUAGUUCAUUCUUCCGUAUAAAUCAAACCACUUGUGGCCCUCCCACUAUGUGGAUUCCUUUGGGGCAAGUACAAUCUGCAAGAGGAAAACGAGCUCAGUAUAGUCCGUUGUAAGAGGAUUAAAGCACUCUUACCUUUCUGGAAGGUCAGAAGACACCUGGGCCUCUGCCCACAGGCAUGAAACAAGCCACUGGGCGAAGGUGGUGCAGUUUGCCUUCCAAAAGACUCACGCUGAAUGUGGUGGGGUUGGUUUAAUUAGGGUGCCUGCUUGCUACGAGCUAAGGAUGCUGCUAGAAAGGUAACAUAAGCCAGAUGUCAUCCUGUCUGCAGGCAUGUCUUCACCAUCUGCUUUUUCUAACGUGGUGCUAUUCCUGAAUAAUUGCUGGGGUACAGCAAAUCUAAAUUCAGGAAAGUGGGGGGGUAUGUCUGUGGGCAUGGAGGCUGAAUACCAGAUGCUAGCGUCUCAGCAAGGCUGGAAGCGGCAGCAUCGAGGAGCCAGGGUUUCAGCAACAAGGCUGAAGCCUGGCCAGUGUUGAGCAAAAAGGAUGGGGACAGCUCUUGGCAGAGGUUUUCAUCAGCACAAAUAGAGAUGAUACGGGUCUCGUUGAGGGUGUAGGUCCACUAACAGUCUUAAAACAUUUUUCUUUGGGGACUGGAGUUUGACUAAUCGUGUCUUCCAUUUGUUGUCCUUCAUUUGUACAUAUCUCAAAGAUUUGAUAAAGGGACUUCAUCUGUUCCUGCCUCCGCCCCGUGCUCCUCAGCGGGGGCUGGGGAGCAGCAGCUUUGACUUUUUGUACUUAACAGGGAAGAGGUAAAUGGGUCAAAAAAACCCUUUUGUCAGCACCCGAGUGUUGUGCAAUAACACCCGUGACUGGCAUGGGAACCCAUCGUGCUGCAAUGGCAGGCAGGACCCAGCCACACAAAUACUUGGUGCAGCGCUUGGUCUUUGAGCAGUGUAACGAGCUGAAGCCAACGCUGUGACUUUGCCUGUGUAAUGUAAACCUCUGAUGACCUGGGAGGCUUCUCUGCUAAGCCAUAAAAUCAUUGUAAAUGGAUCAACUGAGGCAUCCAGUUGAUUACUAGGAUUUAAUAUUUUUGCAGUUAUGCUAGUAUUUAUUGGUGUAAUUCCAGUAGGUAAGGAUCCACCUGUUCAUGUGCAAAGAUGAGUUUACUCCAGCUGGAAAGGUGAGAAGUCUCCUUUUUUAAUCUUCUUUGGUUGUACUACCAAGCCAUGAAAUUAUAUCACACAGUUUAAUAAACCUGUAAUUUAUUUUAAAAAGA